GUCAUGUGGCGUUUACAGGCAGACACCGGAUCGUAAAGGAGACUUGUGUGAACAACAACAUCUCGGUGGUCGUGUGUUGUUCCUGGGUUUUUCUUUGUCCACCUUCACACUCGUCCAUCAUGGCUUGGACUAAAUACCAGCUGUUCCUUGCGGGACUUAUGCUUACAACUGGAUCCCUCAACACAUUAUCGGCGAAAUGGGCUGACAUGUUCUCAGCGAAGGGCUGCAAAGACGACCCUGAACAUAAAUUCUCUCAUCCAUUUGUGCAGGCGGUGGGGAUGUUUCUGGGUGAGUUGAGUUGUCUUGCCGUUUUCUACCUUUUACUUUGCCAUGACAGACGUAGUCCCGAGCCAAAGAUGAACCCGGGCCAGAGCUUCAACCCUCUGCUCUUCUUCCCACCUGCCAUGUGUGACAUGACGGCCACCUCCAUUAUGUAUGUUGCUCUUAACAUGACGAGCGCCUCGAGCUUCCAGAUGCUGCGAGGAGCUGUCAUCAUUUUCACUGGUCUGCUCUCGGUGGCGUUCCUCGGGCGGCGUUUGAUACCCAGUCAGUGGCUCGGCAUCUUCAUCACCAUCGUGGGUCUGGUGAUCGUCGGUGUCGCCGACUUUUUCAGCGGGAACAGAAGCUCAGAGCACAAACUCAGUGAUGUCAUCACGGGAGACCUUCUGAUCAUCAUGGCUCAGGUCAUUGUCUCAGUGCAGAUGGUUCUGGAGGAGAAGUUUGUCUACAAACAUGACGUCCAUCCUCUGAAGGCUGUUGGGACUGAAGGUUUCUUCGGGUUCAUUGUGCUGUCUCUUCUCCUCAUCCCCAUGUAUUUCAUCCAUGUGGGCGGGUUCAGCGACAACCCUCGGCAGGUCCUGGAGGACGCUCUGGACGCCUUCUGUCAGAUCGGCCACCAGCCUCUCAUCCUGCUGGCUCUGCUGGGAAACACGGUCAGCAUCGCUUUCUUCAACUUCGCCGGCAUCAGCGUCACCAAAGAGAUCAGCGCCACCACCCGCAUGGUGCUGGACAGCCUGCGCACGCUCGUCAUCUGGGCGGUGAGCCUGGCGCUGGGCUGGGAAGUGUUUCACGGCCUGCAGGUGCUCGGCUUCCUGGUGCUGCUGAUUGGAGCCGGGCUCUACAAUGGACUGCACCGCCCCCUCCUGGAGAGGAUACCGUGCUGCGCCGGUUUAGUGAGCACAGAGGAGGAGAUCAGCCCAGGAGAGAGGGAGAGGCUGCUGGAUGCUGGCAGGGUGCAGGUCGCAGAUGACAGUUAAAACUCAUAGAUGCUGAUUAUGAUCAUAUGCUGGUUUUUUUUUUAUUGUUUUUAUUUUCUUACCUUAGAUUUUAACUGACCUGACACAAUCUUUUUUUUAAUAUGUGGGCAUGCACAAACUCUCUUAAAGAGUAUAAUACAAUACAAUAAAGUAUUGUGUUAAAGGCACAGUUGUGUCUGUUUCUUUCCAUUGAAAAAAAAACAGACACAAAGGGAAGUCUGCUGGAGCUUUUAUAUGAAUUUACAUGGUUUUAGAAAAGGAAAACUUUUGAACAACUGUGAUGAUUUAAGUCCUGUCUCCCCUUUUGCCCCAGACCUUUUUCAUAUUUUUUAUUUGUUAAAAAAGAACUUGAACGGCUUUAGUGCUGACGUGUAUGAAAAAGACUUUCAUGCUGGAUGGAAAUUAAUGCCAAGUUUAAUUGAUUUUCAUUGUUUUGUGAUCCAUUUUAAGAAGAUUUUUUUUUUUUUUAAGUGUCGCAGACCGAGCAGUGUGGUUGUUGCCAAAGUGUUUUUACGUCACUCACUGAAUGCACUACAGAGAUCAAUGUCACAGGAGCUCAACAUUUUAUUUGUAGAAUAAUUGGUUCAGUACAGAAUCUGAUGUGUUGCUGUUUUAAAAGAAUCCCUCUGUAUAUUUUCUCUCUGACACUUGAUUUGUUUUGAUUUAUAUGUACAGAUGUAUAAAAAACAGUUGGAGCACCAAGUGAUUUGUACUUGUUGAAGAAAUCUAUUUAGUGAUUUCGGGUACUGGCUGUAAGAAAUAAGAAAACAAAAGGGAACUUUCUUUAAAACUCAGUUGCUGAACAAUGUAACAAUGUUUUGAUGAUGCAAAUGUCAUAAUGAGUAGAGACAUUUUUUAAAAUACACUCGUGAAACCACUCACGAAGUCUUGAACCAUGUUUGUCCUGCAUGACUAGAGAGGUACAGUUUUGUGUUUUCAGCAGAAGUAAUAGGUCCGUUAAGUUCUUAAAAAUAGGCUCCCCCCUCCACCCCCACACACAAAAUGUCUAAUGAUUUUUCUUUAAACACCUAUGAUGUGAAAACACCAAUGCAUUAAAGGCAGGGUUGGUCAUUUCCUCCACAUACACUU